AUGGCUGCCUGGCACGGCACAGCACCUGCUUGGCUCACAUCUACUCGUCCCAAGCUCAGAUCUACUCCUCCCAAGCUCACAUCUACUCCUCCCGAGCUCAGAUCUAUCCCCCCCGAGCUCAGAUCUACUCCUCCCGAGCUCACAUCUACUCCUCCCGAGCUCAGAUCUACUCCUCCCGAGCUCAGAUCUACUCCUCCCGAGCUCACAUCUACUCCUCCCGAGCUUAGAUCUACUCCUCCCGAGCUCACAUCUAUUCCUCCCCAUCUGCAACUCCAGCGCCCAGAUCUGCAUUCCCCGCGCUCAGAUCUGCAACUCCAGCGCCCAGAUCUGCAUUCCCCGCGCUCAGAUCUGCAACUCCAGCGCCCAGAUCUGCACUCCCUGCGACCAGAUCUACUCCUCCCGCGCCUAGAUCUGAUCAUUCCGCGCCCAGAUCUGGAUUCCGCGCCACCAGAUCUCCUCCUCCCGCGCCCAGAUCUGAACAUUUCGCACCCAGAUCUGCACUCCGCGCGCCCAGAUCUGCACUCCGCGCGUCCAGAUCUGCACUCCGCGUGCCCAGAUCUGCACUCCGCGUGCCCAGAUCUGCACUCCGCGCGCCUAGAUCUGCCCUCCGCGCGCCCAGAUCUGCCCUCCGCGCGACCAGAUCUGCAUCUCCCGCGCUGA